CCUCAGCACAACUACUCUUUUUGAUCUUCUCCCUACAGCCUUUUCUUCUUCUACUUUGCUGUGUCUUAACUCUCUCUCUAUCUAUUUUCUCUUCCUUUUUCUUACUCAAGCACUUUUCUUUCUGUAAAAGUAUAACAUCAGUUCAACGGACCAGCGUAAAAACCUAUCAUUAUCAGAAGAUAGCGCAAAGCAAGUACAAUAAUUUCACCACUUAUGUCCAAAAAAGAGCGACUACUCGUAGAGGAAGAAGAAGCGUCAUCCAUUUCAUCCUCCUCAUCUCCACCGUCAUCACUUUCGUCGUCAUCUCAAUCAUCACCCAGCACACCAUCAUCCUUCGUCGUUAUACCCAACCUGUCCUCGCUAGGAAACAGUUUGGCCGGUCUGACCGGCGCUGCUUUAUUGUACUUGUAUCAGUGCGAGCUCAUUUACCCUAGUUCGUUUCCGGAAGGCUCAAGAAUUCAUGUUGCUAAGCCAUCAGACUACGGCAUCGAACAGUACACUGAGGAACGGCUCAAAACUCGAGACCAUGUGCGACUACACACAUAUGUAAUGAUGGUCAGCGAAAAUCCAGAAGAAGCAACCGAGGCACCAACCAUUCUUUACUUUCAUGCAAGGAAUGGCUUUGCGCUGGGUCAUCGCCUGCCAAUUGCCAAAGUAUUUCAUGAACGCCAUCGUUGUAAUGUUGUGAUGCUUUCGUAUCGAGGUUAUGGCUUCAGCGAAGGCAAACCAAACGAGAAAGGUUUACGUAUCGAUGCGCAAACGUUACUAGAUUACGUUCGUGCACAUCCUGUACUAAAAAAGACGCUGCUUAUCGCAUACGGUCAAUCCAUCGGUGGUGCUGUGGCGAUUGACCUUGUGUCACGGAACGAAGAUUACUUUGCCGGCCUCAUUGUCGAAAAUACCUUUCUAAGCGUCCCCAAGCUGAUUCCACACGUGCUUCCUGUCUUGAAACAUUUCAAAUUUCUUUGUCACCAACACUGGCAAUCCGACAGCAGCGUCAAACGGAUCCAAAAGACACCUGUGCUUUUUCUAUCCGGUGCAUGUGAUGAGCUCGUGCCACCGACGCAUAUGCGUCGCUUAUUCGAUCAAUGCCAGAGUCAGAUCAGCAAAGACUGGGUCCAAUUUCCCAACGGCAUGCAUAACGACACUUGUAUGCAAACAGGUUAUUUUACUGCCAUUGGUAAUUUCUUGAAAGGUCGUGUUCUACCUCGCAAACAAGUCGUACGAGAACAGCAGGCACAACAGGAAGCAGCAGCAGCAGAUGCUGCCCGAGCAGUAGAGAAGAGCCCUACUACACCGUCGUCGUCGUCAACGUCGAAAAAGAUGAAGAAAUACAGGCUCCAGUGCAGAAGGAAGAGUACCAAUUGGUAG